GUUUGAAGAUGCCUGCUCUCAUCAAUACUGACGUCGUCGUGGUUGGUGCUGGCAUUGCGGGUCUAUCAGCAGCAGCGCACCUCGUCAAGCAGGGAGUGCGACGCAUCACGGUCUUAGAGGCGUCCAACAGAAUUGGUGGUCGUAUGAGAACCCAGCCAUUUGGCAGUGGCAUCAUUGAAUUAGGAGCGAACUGGAUCCACGGGGCCAGUCUUAACAAUUCUGUCUUCACCCUGGCGAGUCAACACGCCUUGCUCACACCGUAUGUCACUUUAAACAGAAUGGAAGGCUACUGCUACACUGAAGACGGACAUGCCAUUUCGACAGACGUCACAGAAAAAGUUGUAUCUGCUUACCACCAAAUUGGAAAGGAUCUGGAGGAAAGUGACAGCUUCAAAACAAGCUAUGUUUCGUAUGAAGAAUUUGUGGAUACACGAAUAGACGAAUGCCUGUCAACGAUGCGCCAGUCAGACCAACGCGAUGCCAAAGCAGUGUUUAACUGUUUAAAGAACCGUGAUCGAUUCCACAAUGGUUCAGAUUUGGGGGAUUGUUCACUGAAAGGCAUUGGAAUCUACGAAGAGCUUCCCGGGGGUGAGGUCAAAAUACCAGGACGUGGCAUGGAGGGCAUCAUUUCAGUGUUGCAUAACUGUCUACCACACGGUACUGUUCACUUAGACACGGAAGUAUUAACUAUUCAAUGGAGAGACACUUCAAGCAAUAACCAAAUCAAAAUCGUUUGCAGUAACGGCGACAUCUUUUAUGCAGAUCACAUCAUCGUGACCUCAUCUUUGGGAUAUCUGAAAAAACAUCAUCGCAGUAUGUUUGUUCCGCCGUUGCCAACGUGGAAACAAGAAACUAUUGAUAGAACUGGGUUCGGAACAGUUAACAAAAUAUUCCUCGAAUUUGAAAAGCCAUUUUGGACACGGGGUCGCGGAGGCGUCAAAUUUGCCUGGACGGACAAAGAAGCAGAAAUGAAAUCGCCAUCUGAGUGGUACAAGCGUAUCUUUGCGUUUGACGAAGUGCUCAAUAACCCCAACGUCCUGGUGGGAUGGAUCGCCACAGAGGCAGCGGUCCAUCUCGAGUCCCUUGACGUCAGUGAAGUAUCUCAAACCUGCAUCGAAUUUCUGCGACGAUUCUUGUCUAGUCCUUCACCGGAGAAACCAAAACGAGUGGUCGUGUCUUCUUGGAAAAACGACCCGUGGGCAUGUGGGUCCUAUUCCUUUUGUGCUAUGGAAACUCCAAAUGAUUUCGCAAAUCAGUUAAUGGAUCCAGUGAUGGAAGGAAGAAAGCCUGUGGUGUUGUUUGCUGGGGAAGCUACCCACUUUAAGUGGUACUCCACCAUGCACGGGGCGCGAUCGUCUGGUUUGAGAGAAGCAGAAAGGUUGCUUCAUUUUUACAACGUUUCUUCACAUCUGUGACAGCUGUACGUGUAUGUAGCAAGACAGGGUCAUGCUACCCCGACAUGUAUUUGUUUUUCACCCUAUUUUUAAAGUUAUCAUAAAGAUUAUUUACAAUGUUUCAGAUUGCAACUAACAACAUUUACAAUUAAAACACCUAGCAGGUGUGUAUGACCUGGCUCGGCCUUAAGUAGACUGCAAACAUACUUCGGAAUAAACUUGAUCAUUGUUUAUAUUUAUACAAGCACACCUGCCUCUUCAGUUUCGAAAUUAUUUCUGUCAAGUACAGAGUACAAAUCUAGUCUAGUUUUAUAAAGGUUCUUCAUAAUAAAACAAAACAAAACAACUGAAAACCCCCACAAAAAAACAACAACCCCACAACAAAACUCCAGUUAAUCUCUCUAUC